AUGGGGUUCAAAUUCACCUUCUUAUGUGAUCUGCUGUCAGCUCUUGAGGGGAAUCGGAUUCUAAAAGCCUCCACUCAAGCAAGAGACAGAAACCCAGAUGUCCAAGCUGUCAGGCAGUGGUUUGCCCGCCAUGGGAAACAGAUACAUGAUCCCGACACGAAUCAGGUUGCUCUACUGUCAUGCAUGUUUCCAGAGAAACGGACAGACAGAGUAUACUGGCUACAGGACACCAGUCUAGCCAGAGUUAUUGGCCGAUGUUUAUUGCUUGGGUCCUCUCGUCGGGUAGAGCUUGAAAAAUGGCGUUCGUCUGGGGGAGCAGAUCUAGGCCAAUGUGUGGAGAACCUUAUGCGGCAGGCCGAAAACCAUAUAGUGAGUGGCCAGGAAGUUACUGUUGAAGAAAUCGACUUUGCACUAGACAAGAUCGCCUCGCGGUGUCGGUUCUCCGGUCCCCGGGUUCGGAGACAGCGAGCUGCUGUUGAUGUGGAGGAAACACUUUCUCCUUUGUACAGACGGUUAAUUAGUCGCGAUGCCAAAUGGCUUACGCGAAUGAUACUCAAAGGUUACUUUUCUGUUACCUUGCCAGAAAAGCUAGUGUUAAGGAGCUUUCAUUUUCUCCUGCCGCAUUUACUCCAGAUCCAGGAUUCGUUUGAAACUGCUUUAGAUUUGCUCUUAUCUGCGCCCAUAAGGCAUUUCCCACCUCAUCCGGAGCCUGGUUUAGCGAAUGACCUAGGCCAUAUCGCCUUGCAGCAUCUAACUCCCCGUGCUGGGAUCAAAAUAGGACGCCCGGACUAUUAUAAAGCUCGAAGCAUUAAGCAUUGCUGCAAGAUGGUUGGACAGCGGAGAAUGAGUGUCGAGAGAAAGUAUGAUGGUGAAUAUUGCCAGAUACAUGUUGACCUCUCGAAAUAUCCAAACUCGAUCCAGCUUUUCUCAAAAAGUGGCAAGGAUUCUACUGCGGACAGGUCGGGUAUCCAUCAAACGAUCAAAAAUUGCUUGAGGAUAGGUAAAGAAGGCUGCAAAUUCCGGAGCCGAUGCAUUCUAGAAGCAGAGCUCGUUGUAUGGAACGAUCGACAACACAGGAUCAUGGAAUUUCACAAACUACGUAAAUUUAUAGCCCGGUCUGGAAUGUUCAUCGGGACAGAAAAUGAUUCACCACCUCAACCAUACGAACACCUAAUGAUGGUGUUCUUCGACAUCCUCCUGCUGGAUGACGAUGUGUGUUUAAGAAAGCCUCACCGAGAAAGACGACUACUGCUCAAAAAUACCAUCCAAAUAAUUCCUGGAUUCUCGGACAUUGCUGACCAGAAGGUUAUUGACUUUUCACGCCCAGACGGUCAAUCCAGGCUUGAGAGCAUUUUUGCAAGGGGAAUUACAGACCGCUGGGAAGGGUUUAUCCUCAAAGGGUGUGAAGACCCUUAUUUUGCUAUUCUUACCGGUCCCGACUCUGGGUCGUUUGGUUGUUGGAUUAAACUCAAAAAGGACUACAUCCCAGGCCUAGGCGAUACCAUAGAUCUAGCAUUGAUCGGUGCAGCAUACAACGCGCGCGAAGUCGGAUCUCUGGAUUCUCUGAAUCAAGUCUCAUGGACCCAUUUCUUUAUUGGGUGUCUCGUGAACAAAGACGCCAUUCUUCAACCAGACAUAAAACCCAAGUUCCGCGUUCUUGAUGUCAUUAAUCGCCAUUGUAUGAGCGAGCAAAAUAUGCUAUUACUCAAUCAAUUUGGCAAGUAUACCGCGCGCGGUACGGCUUCUGACCAUGGCUUUGACAUCGAGCAUGAGGGAUCCGGUCUACCUCGAAUGAAUGUCGUUUUCAAGACACCCUUCGUCGUGGAGAUGCUGGGAAGUGGAUUUGAGAAACCUUCUGGUGCCAGAUAUUACACACUUCGGUUCCCCAGAAUCCUGAAGAUUCACUCAGAUAGGUCAUUUCAGGAUGCCGCUACCUUCUCAGAGCUGCAGGUUCUAGCUGAGGCUGCCGUUUCAUUGCCUUCUGAGGAAAUAGCAGAAGAAGAAAUUGCGUGGGCAAACCGCGUGAAAUUCGACAAAUCCAUGUCAGAAUACCUAGUGCAUCGAUCUCCAAGUGUGACCUCUACUGCGGACUCCUCUACUCCACCA